AUGGAUACAGAUGCAGACACAAAGAAACAGAUACUAUCAAGCUUGUCACACUUGGAUGAUCGGUCAUUGAGCUUCAAAGUGAAACUUGAUCAUCUAAAUCGAUUGGUCGAUCUUAAGAAAUAUGUGACCGAUCUCUCAAAGCUAAUCCCCAUCGCUCAGUUCCUCAAAAGCGUGAGGGUAUUCUUGGCAUCACCUCCAAAGACAAUGCGAACAUCAGCACUUAGAGUGAUCAGAUAUUAUGCAACGACAUCAAAGUUCAUCCAGGAGAUCGUCAACUUAAAGAUACAUUACUUCAUCACAAGAUCAUUGGAACGCGACAAGCAUAGUGAAGCCGAACGCAUUCAGGCACUGAAGCUCAUUAGGACGAUAAUGGAGAUCGAUUGCUCACAGAUGCCACCAUGCAUCGUCAAGACGUUGGUGGCCAUCGCAGAGAACCAAGAGGACAACUUCUGUCGCGUGUGUCUCGAGACUCUGUGCGAGGUGGCCAUUCGCAACCCGCAGACCACUGCCCAGUCCAACGGCAUCCGCAUGCUCUUUGACGCCGUCCUGGACCCCUUCUAUCACGGCACACAAGAGUCACUCCUCAUCGCCAUCCUCUACAUCCUCAACGAAGAGAGGACACGUGUCUUUGUGCGACCUACAUCAGACCUUGAGAUUAUAUUGUCACCUUUGACCAACUCUUUGACGCUGGGCAUCAAGAUCAAAGGAUUGAGCAAGGAGAAGGAGAAGGAGAAGGAAAAGGACGAUGAGUUGAACAUGAAGAAGUGGACUGGCAGCAUCAAGGCGGUCAUCACACUGCUCAAGAGUUGGAUUGGUAUCAUCAGUCUUGCAUCCGAUGAACAAGGCCUCAAGUCCAUCGUGGACGCAUUGAAAAUGCCUCAAUUGGAGUUGAAUGACAAGAUAUUGGAUGCACUGUUUGAUAUAUUCAAGUUUGGACCACCCAAGAGUGGCGAUCCAUUCAGACAACAGAAGGCAUCACAGAGCUUGGUGCUUGGACCAGACUCACUCAUUGACUUGCCGCUACGAGUCAAGUCCUCUCGACACAAUCUACUCAACAACUAUAUCGCCGUGUUGCUGAUAUCGUUUAUUGAUUGCGGCCUGAUCGAGGGUCUGGCCCAUUUGGGCAACUUGACAUCGGCCUCAAACAAGGACGGCCUGAUGGACCUCGACAAGGAGCUGAGCAAGAGUGUGGCCACCAAAGCCACCGUGCUCCUCGGCGAACUACUGUACAUUUCCAACUCGCUACUGCCUUCGUCGCAGUGUGCCAAGCUUCAGACGCUGCCGGCCAUUGUAAACUCGGCCAUCUCAUUCCGACUGGACCCGCGUCUGCGAUCGCGUUCCAGCACCAUGGUCACCAACCUGCACUCAUACUCACAUAUCAAGGCUUCGAGCAACUCGGUGGACCAGUCCGUGUUGAUCGGCCUGACAGGAGCGGACAAGUGGCGCCGUGUGCGUGGUCAGGACCGCCGUCUGGACAAGGUGGACGCGAUCAAGGUGCGCAUGGACUAUCAGAUGGACGACAUGCACUUCCAGGCCAAGAUCAAGGACACCCAGGUGUUAGUCACCAAAGACUUCCUCAAAUGGAACUGGGAGCUCAUACUCGAGAUCCUCGAGGGCCCACUCAAGAACUCUGUGCACAUGGCCAACGUCCUCAAGACAAAGUUCAUCAAGCGUGUGCUCUCAUUCCUGCGUCCAAGCAACAAGAGCUUCACGUCAAUGGCGUGGACGCCCGAAAACCUCAAGUAUGUGCGUGUGGCAUGUGUCCUGCUCGAGGUGCUCAUCUCGCAUGAGUGCGGCAACGAGUUCCUCAAGGACAACAAGACUAUCGUGCAGAUCGCCGAUAUGCUGCGACUGGAGAUGGAGCUCAAUCAAUCGCCUUCGUCCCCGCCCAAGACGCACGACAAGGGUGCACCACGUCUGCUCUCACAGGAGAAGGUGCUCAAGACCAUGGCACGCGAGUACUUUACAAUGCUUGGCACGUUGUCAUCACAGCCCAAUGGACUGAACAUUGUCAACCGCCAUCACAUCUUUGACUACCUCAGGCCACUGGCCGAGCUAUCUGGUCGUGAUGACCUGUCGCAUGCCAUCAUCACCUCACUCGACUACAACCUGUGCGGCGACUCGCGACUCAUCCUGCAGCGGACACUCACGUCUUCCAACUCCAAGGUGGUGGUGCGCUAUCUGGCAACCAAGUACAUGCGAUUCUUGUUCCGUGCGGGUGUGCAAGACUUUUGUCACUGGGGCAUCGAGUAUCUCGUACAGCAACUCAAUGACAACGACUCCAAGGUGUCGAUCCUGGCACUCAACGUACUGGACGAGGCUUGCGACGACCCAGACUGCUUCGACACACUCAUCAAGCUGAAGCCACCCUUGCUCAAGCUAGGCAAGCCAGGCAAGAGUCUGCUGCUUCGCUUCCUCUCGAGAACGAACGGACUGAACUACUUGAAGGAGAUCAACUUUGUGGAUCAAGAGCAGCAGUUGUGGCUGGCCAGCGAGAACGCUAACUACGUCAUCUCUGUGGAGAAUGCUAUAUCAGAGGCAUUGACGCCACUGAUCUAUAGACAGCGCGAGGCAGACCAGGGCAACAACUGCGUCUACCUGCCGCCACACUUCUUUGGUGAGCUGGCCAAGACCGAGGAGGGCUGCUUCAUCCUCAGACGUUCAAACAACUUUGCCAAGUUUGUCAAGAUGGCCAAGGACGAGCUGGCCCAUCCCCUCGAGCGACGUGCGGCCAUCUUUGCGAUUGGUCAAGUGUGCUCAUCACAACCUGGCUUCCAAUUCCUCGUGGAGUUCAACGUGGUACCGUUGCUGGUGGAGCUGGCCGAGAAGUCGCCCUGUCUCUCACUGCGUGGUACAUGCUUCUACGCUCUCGGUAUGAUCUCUUCGAUCGAGGCUGCUGCUGAGAUCUUGGAGAAGCAUGGCUGGGAGUCACCAACGGACCUGUCGAACAGGAUCUCAGUGCCCAAGGACUUGAAUAAGAGCACAUUCCUCAAGGUGGCACCCUACGAGUAUAAGGGAUCAUGGGCCAACACACCAUUCGACAUGCCAACCUUUAGCGAUCCACUCAAACAAGAGAUCAUUGGCUAUGUUAUCAAUCUUGCCAGCCACAUCACUGCAGAGACAGCGUCAAAGAACCUUAAACGACUCAAGGUCAAGUCGCCAGAAUACUUUGCCUCGGGAGAGAUGCUCAGUGUCAUCCUGGCCAUCAUGGAUCACUACCGCUUCCGUCUAGGCGCUCGACGAUUCAUCUAUGAUUGCUUCGACACUGCCAUUUUCUCAGAUGACCCCUUCCCCUAUAUAGAGCAGUAUCAUAACAACAAACAACAGGGUGGCACUCCAACGACGUCGACAGCAGUGGCGGCGACCAAUCACACCAACGGCAAGACACUCACUCCACCCAGUCUAGCUGUUGGUGCGCCCGUUGCUGCCCCAACACUGAAGCCUCAGCCAGCACUACCAAUCAAGAGCACAACAACACCAACCAACAACAACAACACAACCACAAAGAACAUUGCUGUAGUAUAG